AUGAAUUCUUCGGAUACGGAGUAUAUUUCAGUUUCUUCUCCACACACUUGCAACAUGAGUAAAACUCAUGUUCCUCAAAACGUACUCAAGCAGCCAGAUUUCCACCCUGCGAACUGCAAAAGGCCAUCUGUAAGCAAAGGGGGCUUUGCCUCAAGUUUGCACGACUCCCAAGAGUCUGACUCCGAAAGCCUUUUUCAGGAGAAACAGUAUCAGUUAGGACUCCAGCAACGGAUUCGUGAAAAUGAAGAGCUGGUAGGACUAUGUUCUGAUGCAUUGGAGAACGACAGCUUAGAAGAAGAUAGCUUGGAAGACAUGAGUUUAAGAGAACAAGGAGCUGAGUAUGACACAAAUCAAUAUAUAAAUGAGAUACAAAACUGUGGUAAUGGAAGGAAAGAACAGCCUGUGGACAAAUAUUUCAGCCUAAGAUACAAUCCUAACUGGAAGAACACAAAAGAGGUAGCAGAAUUUUCUGAGGCAGAAAAAGCAUCUCAAGUUGCUGGAGGAAGCAGUGUGGACUUUUCACAAGGUUCGUUUUACCUCCGUUCCAGUGGCUCCCCAGAAAAAAAGAAUCAGCAGAAGGUAAAGUCACAAGAUUCAUUCUCGGAGUUUGGUACAGAAUUACUAAGCUUUUGUGAACCAACUGCCGUGGUCAGCAAUGAACCUUUUAGGCUACAUACCAAAGGGAAGGAAUCUGCAGAUAACUGUCAUUUCAAAGAUAGUCCCAGUACAAAUGGCCAUGCUUUUUGUCUUCAGAUGCGAGAAGAUCAAUCACAAAGAGUAAAAAAAGAUUUUGUGGAAAGAAAUAAACAGACCUUAGGAUUACGUUCAGAGAAGAUAAAUUCCUAUCUUCAAUUACACAGUAAAAAGCAAGAGAAAGUUCUUCAAGAGCAGGUUAAAGAUCCUAACGCUAUUGACGAGGAACCAGUUCAGAGGGUCCUGCCAUUCCAGACUGUGAAAAUGGAGCCUGAAGACAAAUGGUACCUGAAAGUACAGCAGCUCAAGGAUCACCAAAAUAAAUCCUCCCAGAGGAACAAAAUUAAAUCCGAUCAGAGUCUCAAAGGGAGAGCUUUCCGAAGGCAUGAUAGCCAACCACCACCAGGAAGACCAGCAGAACCAAAGUCUUGGCAUCACAGGCACCACCAAACAGCAGAAUUUCAGGCUGCUCCCGUGCAGGCAGUAGAGCAAGACAACAGCAGCGCACUGAAGAAAUGGCCGCAUCCACGUCGUGUUGGCCCUGACACUAGUACAGCAGCAAAUUCAGAUACUUGCUUAAAUAAUUUUCCAAAUUCAAGACAUUUUGUUAAUCAUGAUUUUACCACAUCUACCUAUCCUUUUCAUCCAACAUUACAUAAAUUUAACCCAGCAGAGGUUGUAUCUCCAGCAUAUACCAGCAAGGAGAACAAGAAGUAUCAGCAUGAUCCUCCAAAUGGACUUCCACGUGACCAGCAACAUUUAUACAACCAUGUCCCUGUGCUGUGUUUCACAAGUCGUAACAGUACCAAUGGUCAAGCACAUCCAAAUCAGAGGAAUAUUUCAUCUACUUUUAGUGCCAAUUUUCAAGAAUUGGUGAAGAAUCAAAUAUCACUUCAGGAUUGCAAAAGACCCAUAUAUGCGGAUAAAAGGUAUCAGCAGCAUGCUAUCAGUAGUUUAUGGCUUUCUCAAUCUUCUGUUCACAGUUCACCAACAGCCCCUUGCACAACCUCCCAAUUUACACAAAUGAUGGAGCGACGUCACCAAGAAAUCACUCGUUUGACAGAAGCUCACUUAGCUGACAGGCACUUGUUCAGCCUGCUUCCACCUAUAAUCCCACAGGCAGAAAGUGGUUCAGAGGUAGAUCCGGAGACCAGUGAAGGAAAUCAAGUGAAAAUAAGCCGAAGGAUCUCAGAAGGGUAUCUCAUGCAAAUGGAAAAGCAAAAACAGCCUAAAGCCAGCAACAAGCCAUGUAGCUCAAAAGCCUACAUAAAUCUGAAUGUGAAUGUGAAGCUUGGAGGCCUUGGACCUGACUAUGAAGCAAUCAAAGAGAAAAAAGAGAAGUUAAAGCAACAGAAGGAAUAUGCAAAGCAAAUUAAGGAACACAAUAUGAAAAGCAUUGCUUCGGUUCAGAGGUUGCCUACAAAACCACAGGUCACAUCUUCACUGUCAAGACAGAAAGCGCUGGAAUAUGCUAAGAAGAUUCCUAAACCAAAGACUUUCAUGGCAAGACAAUCACCUGAAGAGGUGAAAGAGGAAAGAGUUCUGCUACAGACUUUAAAUGGAGACGGUUUACCUCAAAUCACAUUCUUGGAAACUUUGCAAAAUAGACACGAGAAGGAGAAGCAAGUUGUAGCUGCUUUCAGAACCCUUCAUAUCUUAUAA